GCCGUCUGUGCUUGAUAAUCUUGCCUCGACGGCUACACACGCAUUCCCCUGUAUUUCCCCCUUCGUAGUGAACUCGCUAUCUGGAGCGGAGUUCACUUUGGCUCAGCAAACGCCCAUUUUAUUGUGCGGAGCAUGAGUGCACUGUUUCCCGAUACCUCUCUCUGUCCUUGAUCUUUUUACUUCACACAUCACCAUGCUUCGCCGUGCCGUCCUGCCUCUGACGAGGCCCAACAUCCUCCUCUCCACCCCUCGUGUAUCAACAGUUCCGGCCUCUCAUGCGCGAUGGUAUGCGAAGACCACCAAGCCCAAGGCUCCUUACAAGCUUCCCGAUUCUGUGAAGCCCUCUAAGCCUGAAUCCACCAAGCCCGUCCAGCAAGAACAAUAUACGUCGGAGCAGGCGGAGUUCGAGACAAAAGCGGAUCCCCAGGCAAAUACAGGAUCGCAAACUUCCGAUGCACCGGAACCUACACAGCCAACUCCCGAACAGGAACUGCCCCAGAGACCUCUCCCCGAUCUAACACAGGGAAUUCCCUCUACCCUUGCUGCGGAAUUGGAGGCUCGUUCAAAGAAGCGUGGCUCCACGACAUUGAACCUGACGGAAGAUCCAUCUCGCUCCGAAGAAUACGGCGAUGAUGGCCGUGGCGAUAUCCCCAAGGAUGGCUAUGUUUCGUCUCUCGAUCGUAAACGCGCUCGUAUGGCCAACCUGAUGUACGCCCUUUUCUUGCUUGGAGGUGUUGGGGGAAUGGCUUACCUCGGACGUAACUGGGAUACGGAAGAGGAGGAAAAGCUUCAUGCUAGUGUCCCGUCGGGUUGGGGGUUCGGGUUGUGGUACAACCGCGUUAAGGCUCGCAUGGGCGACAUCACCAGUUAUUACAAGGACCCUGCCUUCCCCACGCUGCUUCCCGAUGAAGAUCCCAACCUUCGCCAGCCCUACACCCUGGUGCUUAGUCUGGAAGACUUGCUUGUGCAUAGCGAGUGGAGCCGUGAGCACGGAUGGCGUGUGGCUAAACGACCCGGUGUCGACUACUUCCUUCGCUACCUUAACCAGUACUACGAGCUCGUCCUCUUCACCAGCGUGCCCAGCAUGAUGGCCGACCAGGUUCUCCGCAAGCUGGACCCCUACCGUAUUAUCCGUUGGCCAUUGUUCAGGGAAGCUACUAGAUACAGGGAUGGAGAAUACGUCAAGGAUCUUUCGUACCUCAACCGUGAUCUGUCCAAGGUCAUUCUGAUUGAUACCAAGGAGGAACAUGCCCGUCUGCAACCCGAAAACGCAAUCAUUCUCGACAAAUGGAACGGUGAUUCCAAAGACAAGACUUUGGUUGCGCUGAUCCCGUUCCUGGAGUACAUGGCCGGUAUGGGUGUGGAAGAUGUGCGCCCCGUCCUGAAGUCAUUUGAAGGCGGCUCUAUCCCCGUUGAAUUCGCCAAGCGUGAGAAAGCCAUGCGCGAGCGUUUCGAAAAGGAACUCGAAGAGGAGCAGAAAAAGCGCCCCAGGAGGGGAAUGGGUAACCUUGCUUCUGCUCUGGGCCUGAAGUCCGGCCGCUCUGUUGAUGGCGAACAGACUGCUUCCCAGGGUCUGCAGGAGGGCAAGAUGCUCUGGGAUCAGAUCCGUGAGCGUGGUCAGAAGAACUACGAGAUGAUCGAGAAGGAGAUCCGUGAGAAUGGCGAGAAAUGGCUGGCCGAGAUGGCUGCUGAAGAGGAGAAGCUCCGACAAGAGCAGAUGGAGAGUAUGAAGGGCUCUCUUACAGGUAUGUUUGGAGCUAGCGGCAAGAGCCAGUAAUCCUUUUUUUUUUUUUUUUCCCUUUUGAGUGGGAAGGAUACUCGUCACUCCAUUUAUAUUCGUAUACUCUCUCUCUCUCUCUCUCUCUCUCUUGUUCCUAAUGUGCGCCUUGAGAUGCUUCUUUUUCUUUCCUUAACGACAAAUGGGGAUGUGUAUUAAAUAGAGGGCUUCCUUUUUUUUUUGGCUACCAAGCAUCACGGGUGACUGUAAAAUAGCAUUUGAUUAAUCAUUGACAUUGUAUAAAUUGCACAGAUAUUUUAAUUGGAAUGUGUGUAUGUGUGUGUGUGUGUGGCUUUUCUAGGCAAUUUAUGACUUUAUUUGUUCUGUAACUAAGUAUAAAGGAAUAGAGAAGAAAAAA